CUGAUUAUAUGACCGUCGCAAAAAAUCAUUUUUUAUAUGAGAAUUCCAUUUUACUUGACCAAAUCAUGUUCUUAACUUAAUAAAAUAAAUAAAUUAAAAUUAAAAAAACCAAAUCAGUAAAACUUGACCUAUGUGCCGUUUUCUCUUAUUUCCCAAAUCUGAACUCUUUAUCUCUCUCUCUCUCAAAAUUUGUCUCUCGCUUGACUCUCACUCAAAUCUCACUGUCUCUCUCGCUCGAAUCUCACUUUGAUGAAGAUUUGAAGAUUAUGAUCGAUUGUUGUCUCUCUCGCUCGAAUCUCACUUUGAUGAAGAUUUGAAGAUUAUGAUCGAUUGUUGACGAAGAUUUGAAGAUUUCAAUCUGCUGUUGAUGAAGAUUUCGAUCGAAUCAUAAUCGAGAUUCAUAAUCGUGGAUCCCAAAACAACGCUUUACACCUGAGCUAUAGCGCACUUGUGCUGGUUUGCUCGUGAUAGUGCCUCGUGAAGGCGAGCGCGUGUUCUAUUUUCCUCAAGGACAUAUUGAGCAGCUGGUGGUGCUCAAACAAACUCCACUACAAGAUCGAAUCCUGCUGGGGAUGCUAGGCUGCCGGCAGUUGGUGGCCUUGGUAGUCUUGGUCUCCCAGAGAUGUUUGGUUCCAUGCAGGAUACUGCUUCAUUAAGUUAGUUUGCACAAAAUCCAGUUGUAUCACAGAUGAUGCAAGUUCUCCUCUCCAACCCUCAGUACAUGAAUCAGAUUCUUGGUCUCAAUCCCCAGCAGAGCAAUAUGCUGGGUUCCAAUUCCCAACAGUAUUGAUCAUGUGGCUUGGACACAAUAAUUGGAUUUUUACUGGCUGGAGUAGGCAAUGUGGAUUUGCAGAGAAAGACAAAUUACCUAAUUGUGGACUCAAAAACAACUGUUAAGAAAUUGAAGAAGCAUUCAAGGAGUUUACAACAAGAGAAGACGUUGUAAUAGUGAUGAUCAGCCAAUAUGUUGUAAACAUGAUAAAGUUUUUAGUAGAUAGCUACAACAAUCCAAUUCCAGCAAUUUUGAAGAUUCCUUCCAAGGACCAUCCUUACGAUCCAACACAUGAUUCUGUUCUUUCAAACUUGGCUGUCUGUGAUCUGUCCAAUUUAGUGAAGCCUCAGGAUAUCAUCAUAACAGAGCAUUUGACAACCCUCCUUGCUAUUGUCCCUAAAUACUCACAGAAAGAUUGGUUGUCAAGCUACAAGACACUCACCGCUUAUGUGGUCCCCAGAUCUUCCACGAAGCUACAUGAGGACAAUGAAUAUGCUCUUUAUACUGUAACACUGUUCAGUCGUGAUGCUGACAACUUUAGAACCAAGGCACGCGACAGAGGUUUUCAAAUUCGUGACUUUGAAUAUAAUCCAGAAACACAAGAGAGUCGGAAGCAGGAGCUAGAAAAAUUAAUGCAAGAUCAGGAAACACUCAGAAACUCUCUUUGCAAUGGUGCUAUGCAGCUAUGGGGAGGAAGUUCCUUAGCUUUCAGGUUGAUAACUUGAAUUUCUGAGGGAAAUGAGGAUCAACCCAAUAAAGGUUGCCAAAGCAUUGGUGGAAGUGUUUGCUGAAAUGAUUUUGAUGAAUAUGGGUACAAGGUGUUAUGCCAGUUCAUUGAUAGAGUGGAGAAACACCUGAGCAAGAAAAUUGAUGAGAAGAUUGGCCAGUUCUGGAUUGUAUUUUUUUCAUAAAAGAACUUUUUCCAAGUUUUUAGUUGUAAUAACUUUUACAUGUAGCUCAAAUUUUGAUACUCAAAUAGAAUGUUCAAUAAAACUAUAAUGCUAUACUGUCUGAAUUCUUGUCAUUGUUAUUCCUAGAGUGCUUAACGCUACACUUUUAUUUAUUUAUUUAUUUUUAUUUUUAUUUUUAAUUUUUUGCGACGGUAACAAGAUGGUCGCCAAAGAUCAUGUUAGUGUUUUUCUUUGUUUUUUGCGACGGCAAAAUAGCGGU